UUCUCGUGUGUCUCUCCCACUCCUCGCCGCUGUCUCUGCCGCUCCUGGUUCUCAGCGAGCGGUGAAAACUCGGGCGAGCAGCCCCGCAGACAAGAGUCGGGCUCGGUCCAACUUUUUUUUUUAAUUUUAAUUAAAAUUUUUUUUUAUUAUUAUUAUUAUUAUUUACCGCCAGUUGUGACGGUGGCACAAAAACGAAAUAAGCCGACAGUGAGUCAUACUGCGCGGUCGGAACUUGAAAUAUGACGAUUAGCAAAAUGGGAGGAAAGUGUUCGCUCGCUUGCUGAAGUUGGAGGUUCUCCUUGUGGAAGAGGAAGAGAGGUGGCGGCGGACACCACGAGUUCACUCUCACAAUAACAACAAAACAAAAAAAAGGAGUGAGCUCAGCCUUCCAUCAUACCUCCUCCCUUUCAUUGGGCUAAGAUGAGUAUUACCAGUGACGAAGUGAAUUUCUUGGUCUACAGAUAUCUUCAAGAAUCAGGUUUUUCCCACUCAGCAUUCACCUUUGGCAUCGAGAGCCACAUCAGCCAGUCGAACAUCAACGGAACGCUAGUGCCCCCUGCCGCCCUGAUCUCCAUCCUGCAGAAAGGCCUUCAGUAUGUGGAGGCAGAAAUCAGCAUCAAUGAGGAUGGCACAGUCUUUGAUGGCCGGCCGAUCGAGUCGCUGUCGCUCAUUGACGCAGUGAUGCCAGAUGUGGUGCAGACGCGGCAGCAGGCGUUCCGCGACAAACUGGCCCAGCAACAGGCUGCCUGUACCAUCACCGCGUCAACCUCCGGAAACCAAUCAAACACAUCAAAGAACGGGGAAGCCACUGUUAACGGCGAGGAAAACGGUACACACAGCAUGAAUAAUCACAGCGAGGCCAUGGAGGUGGAUGUGGAUGUUGAAAUCCCAGCCAGUAAGGCCACGGUGCUCCGAGGCCACGAGUCCGAAGUGUUCAUCUGUGCAUGGAACCCUGUCAGUGAUCUGCUGGCCUCAGGCUCGGGUGACUCGACCGCUCGAAUUUGGAACCUGAACGAGAACAAUAACUCCAACUCCACCCAGCUGGUGCUGCGCCACUGCAUCCGAGAAGGUGGCCAGGAUGUUCCUAGUAACAAAGACGUCACCUCACUAGACUGGAAUAGCGAUGGGACUCUCCUGGCAACUGGCUCCUAUGAUGGAUUUGCCAGAAUAUGGACAAAGGACGGAAAUUUGGCCAGCACCUUGGGGCAGCACAAAGGACCCAUAUUUGCACUCAAGUGGAACAAGAAGGGGAACUGUAUUCUCAGUGCUGGAGUAGAUAAAACGACAAUCAUUUGGGAUGCACACACAGGUGAAGCCAAACAACAGUUCCCGUUUCACUCAGCUCCGGCGCUGGAUGUGGACUGGCAGAACAACACCACGUUUGCUUCCUGCAGCACAGACAUGUGCAUCCACGUAUGUCACCUGGGCAGCGACCGGCCUCUAAAAACCUUUCAGGGUCACACGAACGAAGUCAACGCCAUUAAGUGGGAUCCAUCGGGUAUGCUGCUAGCCUCCUGCUCCGAUGACAUGACCUUAAAGAUUUGGAGUAUGAAGCAGGAGUCAUGUGUCCAUGACCUCCAGGCUCAUAACAAAGAAAUCUACACGAUCAAGUGGAGCCCCACUGGCCCGAGCACAAACAACCCCAAUGCCAACAUCAUGCUCGCCAGUGCAUCUUUUGACUCGACGGUGCGACUGUGGGAUGUGGAACGAGGUAAAUGUAUUCAUACUCUGACCAAACACCAGGAACCGGUCUACAGCGUGGCCUUCAGCCCCGACGGCAAACACCUCGCCAGCGGCUCCUUCGACAAGUGUGUCCACAUUUGGAACACCACAACCGGCUCCUUGGUGCACAGCUACAGGGGAACCGGUGGCAUUUUUGAGGUGUGCUGGAACAGCACUGGGGAUAAAGUUGGUGCCAGUGCAUCAGACGGCUCGGUUUGUGUUCUCGAUCUCCGAAAAUAGCUGUCCCAAGGCUAAGCUAAAGAAUCCUGGAAAGUGCAGAAAUUGCCUUCUUAUAUCAACAAACACGCUUCCCUUGUGCUCGAUGAGGGCUGUAAAGGUGUACUGAAAUGAACUCUUCACAGGAGUUAAACCAGAUGACGGCAGCAGCUCGAACACCACCUAAACUCAGUGCACCUUACAGUUUGUUGACGUGUGUUUUAUGAUAAGCCUGAGAGAAGAUGGAAACUGGCAUAGAAAUCCUUAAAAAAGUGGAUUCCACUCCCAAGGCACAUCCAUGUUUUAAAAGGUUUCCAGUGAAGACGUGCUGUGAUCCCUGCAGGCUCCACAUCCAGCUGUUAUCGGGUUGUAUGGGUGGAAACGCAAAGAUGAGUCAAAGUUUUAUAAAGAAAAUAAUGAGAGACAGGUGUUUGAGCUGUGAGAGGCAGCAAAAUGUGAAGGGAAAGCUGCAGAUUUAUAAUUCCUCUGAGGAAACGCUAGUUCACGUCCACACGAUCCAACAAGCAACAGGAUGAAAGGAACAGAUUCUCAGUACUGAAGCGCUGCCACUUUCCGUUGACCAGGUGCUUAACUUCUCCCCCAGAGGAGUUUGUUUCAAAAGCACCGGCCACCCCCC